AUGACAGGUAUUUGGAAUUACUUAAAGGAGGGAACUUUGCCUGAGGAUAAAGAUGAAGCUCGAAAGAUGAGGGUACGGUCAGCUAAGUUCGUCAUUGUUAGAGACGAACUAUUCAAACGCGGCAUCUCCGCCCCAUUGCUCAAAUGCUUGGCCGAGCCUCAAACUAUGUAUGUCAUCGAGGAGAUACAUCGAGGGAUAUGUGGCAUGCACUCCGGAGCACGCUCAAUGGCGACCAGAAGCUUCGAAGACUUCCUCCAUGAACUCGGGAUCAAACACCUCCCGACCUCGGUGGAGCAUCCCCAAACCAAUGGCCAAGCCAAAGCCGCAAACAAAGUGAUACUCCGAGAACUCAAGAAGCGGAUGGGCAACGCCAAAGGACAAUGGGUCGAAGAGCUCCCUAGCAUCCUCUGGGCAUACCAUUGCACCCCCCAAUCAACAACGCAGGAAACGCCCUACAGGCUAACCUAUGGAGCCGACACAAUGAUCCCAGUAGAAUUCGGAGAGACGUCCCACCGAUGCCAAGUCUUCGACAGUGAGCAAAACGUUCAAGAGACAGCGAUCGACCUCGACCUGAUUGACGAGCUCAGGGAAGAAGCUCGGAUCCACGAAGAAGCUUGUAAGCUCCGAGCCUCUAGAAGUUACAACACGCGCAUCUGCCCACGCUCUUUCUAG